UGAAGGUGGUGUUUGUAAAGGAUACAUGUUACUGUUUGUGUUUUAUGUCUUUGUGAAAUUCUUUAUGGGGAUAAAUUGGUUGUGCCUUGAGAAGGUUGGUGGUUCCACAGGCAACAGAACAAUUAUAUUAAAAAUAACACUAUUGGCUGCUGAGUGGUGGCACACACCUUCAAUCCCAGAGCUUGGGAGGCAGAGGCAGGCAGAUCUUUGAGUUUCAGGCCAUCCAGGUCUGAGAUCUACGAGAGUCAGGGCUGUUACACAGAGAAACCCUGUCCCAGAAACAAAAAAGAAAGAAAAGCUGUUAUGACUUCAUUUAUUUAUCUUCUGCCCCAUUUAUAACUUGAUGUCUGGAUGAAGAUGUUACUAUUUUAACCUUGCACAGGCAGAAAUUCAUUAAAAGGGUUAAGCUAUCUGGGAUGCGGCCCGCUCCAUCUACUACAUUAGUGUUCACACAAACAUCUGGUAUCAGCUUAAGAACAUCAUUUAUCCAGAAGUCAACAAUUUUGACUCCUGAAUCCUGUGUUCCUCAUUCACAUUGACUCAUGGACAGGGUAACAUAUAUCUCAACUUUUGGUCAUGAGGUGAAAAUUUUGACCAGAGUCCUUUGAGAAGAACGUUCAAAUCGAAAGUUCUGGCCCAUUAUCCUCAGAGCAUAGAAUGGAACCCUUUUGAUCAAGAUGCAGUGAACAUGCUGUGCAUGCCCAAAGGGCUGUCUUUCAGAACACAAGCAGACAAUAAGGAGCCCCAGUUCCACUCGUUCAUCAUCACCCGUGAAGACGGUUCUCGCACCUACGGCUUUGUUCUCACUUUUUAUGAAGAAGUCACAAGUAAGCAGAUCUGCACAGCGAUGCAGACGCUGUACCAGAUGCACAAUGCUGAGCAGCACGGCAGUGUGUGCGCCUCGUCCUCCUGCAGUAUGGACUCGCUGGCAAGCAGUAUUGAUGAGGGAGACGCGACCUCUCUUUUGAAACUCCAGCGAUACAACUCUUACGACAUCAACAGAGACACCUUGUAUGUCUCAAAAAGUAUCUGCUUGAUCACACCGCUGCCUUUCAUGCAAGCCUGCAAGCAAUUCCUCCUCCAACUUUACAAGGCCGUCACCUCUCAGCAGCCACCACCCUUGCCCCUCGAGAGCUACAUCCAUAAUAUUCUGUACGAGGUACCCCUUCCGCCUCCUGGGAGGUCACUGAAGUUUUAUGGUGUUUAUGAGCCUGUCAUCUGCCAGAGGCCUGGGCCCAAUGAACUCCCUCUUUCUGACUACCCUCUCCGAGAGGCCUUUGAGCUCCUGGGAUUGGAGAACCUCGUUCAGGUGUUUACCUGUGUCCUUCUGGAGAUGCAGAUCCUUCUCUACUCACAAGAUUAUCAGCGCCUGAUGACUGUGGCCGAAGGCAUCACCACACUCUUAUUCCCGUUUCAGUGGCAGCAUGUUUAUGUGCCCAUCCUCCCCGCCUCUCUGCUGCAUUUUCUCGAUGCCCCUGUCCCUUACCUGAUGGGUCUUCAGUCAAAAGAAGGAACUGACCGGUCUAAAUUAGAACUUCCACAAGAGGCUAAUUUGUGUUUCGUGGAUAUUGACAACCAUUUUAUUGAAUUGCCUGAAGAAUUUCCACAGUUCCCCAAUAAGGUGGAUUUUAUCCAAGAGUUGUCUGAAGUUCUUCUCCAAUUUGGGAUUCCUCCUGAAGGCAGCCUCCACUGUAGUGAGAGUGCCACCAAACUGAAGAACAUGGUUCUGAAAGAUCUGGUUAACGACAGAAAGAACGGCAAUGUCCCCACCAGCAGCAUCAGCAUGUACGAGUUGAUGAAGGGCAAUGAAACCAUAGCCCGCCUCCAGGCUCUUGCUGACAGGACUGGUGUGACUGUGGAAAAAACGGACCUCUCAGCUUCUCUGACUGAAAAAGAAAAGGAUUUGAAAUUACAGUGUGAUGAGGCAGAAUUGAGGGACUACCAACUCAACGUACAACUACGAGAGGUCUUUGCCAGCCGCUUUAUACAGAUGUUUGCAGAUUAUGAAGCGUUUGUGAUUCAGACCGCUCAGGACAUGGAGGCCUGGCUGACCAACCGGGAACAGAUGCAGAACUUUGACAAAGCUUCUUUCCUCUCUGACCAGCCUGAGCCUUACCUGCCGUUUCUUUCACGCUUCAUUGAAACACAGAUGUUCGCCACCUUUAUUGAUAAUAAAAUCAUGUCUCAGUGGGAAGAGAAAGACCCUCUGCUUCGGGUCUUUGACUCUCGGAUUGAGAAGAUAAGGUUGUAUAACGUAAGGGCACCCACACCCACCCUGCGGACAUCUAUCUAUCAGAAAUGCAACAGUUUAAAAGAAGCAGCCCAGUCAAUUGAGCAAAGACUGAUGAAAAUGGAUCACACUGCAAUUCACCCACAUCUACUUGAUAUGAAAAUCGGCCAAGGCAAAUAUGAGCAAGGGUUCUUUCCAAAGCUACAGUCGGAUGUCUUGGCAGCAGGACCAGCCAAUAACAAUCGCUGGGUGAGCCGAAAUGCCACAGCACAGCGCCGGAAAGAACGCCUUCGCCAGCAUUCUGAGCACAUUGGACUAGACAAUGACUUACGGGAGAAAUAUAUGCAAGAGGCGCGAAGCUUAGGAAAGAACAUGAGGCAACCGAAGUUGUCAGAUCUCUCACCUGCUGUGAUUGCACAAACCAACUGGAAAUUCGUAGAAGGCUUAUUAAAAGAAUGCAGAAUGAAGACAAAACGCAUGUUGGUAGAGAAGAUGGGACAUGAAGCAGUGGAGCUGGGCCAUGGAGAAGCGAACAUCACUGGCUUGGAAGAGAAUACCUUGAUCGCCAGCCUCUGCGACCUACUGGAGCGGAUAUGGAGCCAUGGCUUACAGGUCAAGCAGGGGAAGUCUGCCUUGUGGUCACAUUUAAUUCAUUUCCAGGACAGAGAAGAGAAACAAGAGCACCUUACAGAUUCACCAGUUGCCCUUGGACCAGAAAGAAGAAAAUCUGACUCAGGAGUUAUGUUACCAACACUCAGGGUCUCUCUAAUUCAAGACAUGAGGCAUAUUCAAAGCAUGAGUGAGAUCAAGACAGACGUUGGCCGAGCCCGGGCAUGGAUGAGAUUGUCUCUAGAGAAGAAACUUCUGUCACAACAUCUCAAGCAGUUGCUCUCCAACCAGCUACUGACCAAGAAGCUUUAUAAGCGGUACGCUUUUCUACGCUGUGAGGAGGAAAGAGAGCAGUUCCUCUACCACCUGCUUUCCCUCAAUGCUGUGGACUAUUUCUGCUUCACCAGUGUGUUCACCACGAUCAUGAUUCCUUAUAGAGCAGUGAUAAUUCCAAUUAAAAAGCUGAGCAAUGCGAUCAUUACAUCAAACCCGUGGAUCUGUGUUUCGGGAGAGCUAGGAGACACUGGAGUAAUGCAGAUUCCAAAAAACCUACUUGAGAUGACUUUUGAGUGCCAGAACCUGGGGAAGCUCACCACUGUUCAGAUUGGCCACGAUAACUCUGGACUGUUAGCUAAAUGGCUGGUGGAUUGCGUCAUGGUCAGAAAUGAAAUCACAGGACACACAUACAGAUUCCCAUGCGGGCGGUGGCUGGGGAAAGGCAUCGAUGACGGGAGUUUGGAGAGAAUUCUUAUCGGAGAAUUGAUGACGUCGGCUUCAGAUGAAGACCUGGGAAAGCAGUGUCGGACUCCACCCCAGCAGAAGUCUCCCACGACAACCAGGAGACUCAGUAUCACCUCACUAACGGGGAAGCCUGCCAAGCCCAAUGCUGGACAGAUCCAGGAAGGGAUUGGAGAGGCUGUGAAUAACAUUGUGAAGCACUUCCACAAACCUGAAAAGGAGAGAGGAAGCCUCACAGUGCUGCUGUGUGGGGAAAACGGCCUGGUUGCUGCACUAGAACAAGUUUUCCAUCAUGGGUUCAAAUCUGCCCGCAUCUUUCACAAGAAUGUCUUCAUCUGGGACUUCGUAGAGAAAGCUGUGGCUUAUUUUGAAACUACUGACCAGAUUUUAGACAGUGAAGAUGAUGUACUCAUUCAGAAAUCAUCUUGCAAAACCUUCUGCCACUAUGUGAAUGCUAUAAAUACUGCACCCAGGAGCAUUGGGAAGGACGGCAAAUUCCAGAUUCUAGUUUGCCUUGGAACAAGGGAUCACCUGCUCCCACAGUGGAUUCCAUUGCUAGCAGAGUGUCCUGCCAUCACCCGAAUGUACGAGGAGAGCGCACUUCUCCGUGACCACAUGACUGUCAACUCCCUUAUCCGAAUUCUGCAGACUAUUCAGGACUUCACCAUAGUCUUGGAAGGAUCUCUAAUCAAAGGAGUAGACGUGUAACCAGCUGACAGAAACUCUUCAUCCUGCGCUGGCUUCUGGACCCUCCCCAGCUCUGGGACCUCUGGACUGGUCUGACCAUAGUGAGCACUGCCUGGGCGGUCAGUAGAAGCCCAGUUUGAACAAUCUCCACUCUGCACACGAGGCAAAGUGCUGUAUUGUAGUUCAUUUGAACCUGAAAUUUAGUAUAAAACAGAGUAUUUUCAUGUGUUAGAUGUGUGUAAAUAUGCUAUCUUUAAGAAAUUAUAUUACUCUAAUAAGAUACUUUUCUUAGAUUGAAUAUUCCUGUGACUUAAAAUAAGUAGCUUAAAAAUGUGUGUGGGGGGGGGAGAGCGGUGCUAGUAAGGAAGAAGCCAGUAAAUGUGUCCGUAGCGCAACCCUCCAGGUAUCACAAAGGAACCCAUGAUGCAUUGUUGUGAAGCAGCCGUCCGUCCUGGAGUUCUGUCCUGUGUGGUGAAUGUACACAGCUUUACACACUGUAUAAGAGUCCUCGUUUACCUUGAAGUUAAAACCACUUAAUACGUUUGAAUUACAAGUCACUUCUCCAGUUUGGGGAAAUGUUUUCAAUUGGUAAAACAUAUAAUUAAAGUAUUUUAAAUACCAGACUCCA